AGUCAUCGAUUUCAGGUCGCAUUUUAUUUUGGAAAUCUCGGUAUCGCGUCCGCGUGCUUGAGGUGUUGAUGUGUGUAACUACCACAGCCUCCUCUUCCGGUGUUGUGUGUCCCUCCGACAUGAUUUCAGGGACCGUUUGCGCGCUGUUGGCGGGCUGUUUGGGGUCCGCGGCCUCGCUGUCCGCCAAGCUGUCCCUCGGGGCGGACUACCUGAGGGACAUGUGUGAGGGGAGGCUCAGCGGCGGGACUCGAACCCACGCCGGAGCUUCGGCCUGUGACUGGCUCCACCUGCCUCUGCGGCUGCUGUGCGGCAGCCUGCUGGUCGCCUGCAACGCCGUCAUGUGGACCUUCUUCUCCAAGGCCCUGCGGCACUGCUCCUCCUCGGCCCGAGCGACCGUCACCGCCGCCGCCUCCAACUUCAUCUCCUCGGCCGUCCUGGGGAGGCUGGUGUUUGGAGAGCGCCACGCAGCUCUGUGGUGGGCGGGCAUCGGCCUCACGCUGCUCGGGCUGCUGCUGCUGCACGGGGCCGCGCCGCAGACCGCCGCGCCGGAGGACGACAAGAAGGACCGGUAGCCCACAGAGAGACGGCCAUGUGUCCCAGAAGCGAUGGUACAUCCCAUCAGGGAGAAACCAACUGACACCGGACCCUCGAUGCGGCACAUUGAAGGAGCCGAUCGCUCCGUAUCCACGGAGCAGAGCGCCACUGAUUCUGCAAUUUAUAUAUAU